UUCCAUUUCUAUACCUUCUUCUCCCUAUAUCUCUUCACUCAUCAUCUUUCGUUCAUUCAACCUCAAACCAGUGUCUUUAGCUCUCUCUCUCUCUCUCUCUCUCUCUCUCUCUCUCUCUCUCUCUCUCUCCAUAAAAUUCGAUCAGGGCGUUUGAGAAUCCAAUCUAACUAAAGUCAAAUGGAUCCGUGCUCUUUCGUACGGAUCAUAGUCGGAAACUUGGCCGUUAGGUUUCCGUCUUCGUUGUCCGAACAGUCAGUUUCACCUCCACAUUGCUACUGCAAAAUCAAAUUCAAUAGUUUCCCUCGCCAGAUUGUUUCUGCUCCGGUUAUCUUCCAAACCGAAUCUGAAUCCGACACUCGUUCCUCCACCGUCGCUGCUUACUUCAGUGUAAACAAAGCUCAGAUAGAUGCUUCUUUGACGAAGACCAAGUUGACUGUCCUCUCCGUCGAGACCUACUCACGAAGUGACGGCGUAACCGGCGCGUCGUGUGGACUCGCUUCAGCGAGUGAGAAGUUACUAGGUCGGUUCGAGGUUCGGCUGGAUUUGAAAGCGGCGGAGACGAAAACGUGCGUGGCACACAACGGAUGGGUUGCCUUGGGAUCCAAGAAAGGGAGGAAUAAAACUGGAUCUGUUCCGGAGCUCCAUUUUACCGUACGGGUUGAACCCGACCCGAGAUUCGUGUUUCAAUUCGACAGCGAGCCGGAGUGCAGCCCUCAGGUUUUCCAAGUGCAAGGAAACACGAGACAAGCCGUGUUCACUUGCGAGUUCGCCGCGAGGAUCAGCUCCGAAUCAAUCUCAUCGAGAAGUUGCGUAUCGUCGGAAAAGGAACAACAGCCGUCGAAAGAGAGAAAAGGUUGGUCGGUUACUGUGCAUGAUCUCUCCGGCUCACCCGUAGCGAUGGCAUCCAUGGUCACACCAUUCGUUCCAUCUCCCGGUUCGAACCGCGUGACGCGAUCAAGUCCCGGCGCGUGGCUCAUUCUCAGACCCGACGGUCGUUGUCGCACGUGGAAGCCGUGGGGACGGCUAGAGGCGUGGCUCGAAGCUGGUUACUCCGACGCGCUUGGUUACCGUUUCGAGCUCUUCCAGGACGGAGUCGCCGCUGAGGUCUCCACGUCGUCCUCUGUUAGUUUGAAAAAUGGCGGGAGUUUCGUUAUCGACGCCACGGGCGGGACAAACACGGCGGUUUCUACGCCGUCAACAACGAGUCCUCAGGGAAGCUGUGAUCUCGGGUCCGGAUCUAGCAUCGGGUCGGGAGCAGGAUCAGGAUCCGGGUCGGAUUUUGGAUAUCUACUGCCCCAGCACCCGGCGCAAAAGAGAGGGUUCGUGAUGUCGGCUUCGGUGGAAGGCGUCGGGAAACGGAGCAAACCGGAGGUAGAAGUUGGCGUGUCGCACGUGACAUGCACGGAGGAUGCAGCAGCGCACGUGGCGUUAGCUGCGGCGGUGGAUCUCAGUUUGGACGCUUGCAAGCUGUUCUCUCAUAAGCUAAGGAAAGAGUUAAGACAGCAAAGCCAGCUUGGUGUCGUUUGACGUGUAUUGAUUUGUCGUUUUACCAAUUCAUGAGUUGUCUUCUGUGAAAUGUUUUUAUUUUUGUGAGGUAGUGUUGUUAGCUAGGACUCUAGCCAGCCAAUAUAAAUUGUUUAUAUAUUUCAUGUAUGGCUAAUAAAAAUGACAGUGUAACAUCUUCUAAUCUCAUCAUUUUAUUCUUUUUAA